AUGGCGCCCAGAAGCCCCAAAUCUCAGCAUGAAGCCUCGUCCAAAAGGCUGAGAGAAAUGGAUGAAGAUAGAAUCAGCAAUUUACCAGACUCCGUCAUCUCCCACAUCUUUUCAUUUCUCCCAACUGAAACUGCUGUAUGUACCAGUGUACUUUCAAAAACAUGGGAACACAAGUGGACAUUAACACCAACCCUCGUCUUCGAGAGCCUUCUCUAUUGGGAUAGAGACACUAGAGAUUUCACUCGUUUCAUCAGUCGAACCCUCCUUCUCCACAACUCUAGUAUUAAGAUCAAGCAUUUGUUCAUUGAAAUGGACUACGAGAAGGACCCUUAUCUCGACAGUUGCCUCAACUUGUGGCUUGAAUUUGUCAGAACCAGAGACGUAGAAGAGCUGAGUCUACAAUUUGCUGACGCAAACUUCGAUGACUGUCCGUGGAGUAUUUUCGAUGAUGGCCCGGAAGGCUAUUUGUUACCUCAAUGUCUCUACACCCAUCCUUCAAUAAAACGCUUGACUACUAAUUACUGUGUUGUUGGUCCUUCUCGGGUAGUUUCUUGGCCUUCCCUCAAGAGCUUAUCAUUGAGGUUAGCAGUUGUGAGUGAGGACACGCUUCAAAAAAUUUUACUGGGCAGCUCUUCUUUAGAGUUCUUAAAGUUGGAACAUUGUGAGUUUGGUUUUGAUAGGCUUGACAUUUGUUCUGCAAGUCUGAAAAAUUUGGUGAUCCAUUCUGUUUUGGAGCCUACAACUGGAGACAAGUAUGAUGUGUUGCAAAUUUCGGCUCCUAAUCUUCUGUAUCUGAAAAUUUCGGGGCAUUACUAUGAGAGAAAGUUCCGGUUAUUGGAUGUAUCAUCUUUGGUUGAUGCGUGGUUUGAUUUUGAUCUAGUUUUUGAUGUUAAAAAGAACACACAAGAAUUGAGAGAAAGUCUCAAAGAGUACAGCAGCAUGUUAAGAGAACUUCUUGAAGAGGUUGCACAUGUUGAGGAACUUACUCUAGGGCCUUGGUGUAUUAUGGUAUCAUUUCUUCACCCUAUCCCUUGA